AGCCAGCGGAGCGGGACCCGAAGACUUCGCAUCGCUCGCUCUCUUGUUUCAUUGUAAAAUCGAAGUCUUAGCAGAGAAGGAAUCCAAUCGAGAAGCCAUGAAGAAAAUACCUUGAUAACGACCCCGACCAUAAAAGGCUUUUAACUCUUCCGUUCCCUACGUAUAACAACUACAACCAGCGAAAAACACCCUUUAUACCCUUUUGGUGUUCUCUCCUUUCGUGUUGGAAUUUUGUUUACCCUGUCCUGUUUUUUAAUCCCAUUUUCUGGGGUUUUCUGAAGGUCUACAGAAGGGAAAGAUAAGUGUUUUGAUUUUUUGUCUGUCUUUGGCCUUUUGGGUUUUGUUUUGCGUAUUUGGAAAAGAUGAUGCUGCAUUAUCUUCAGCCCGCUAAGCUCCAAUCCAAUAAGAUUGUUUUUGAGGAUGUGUUCUCUGCGCGUGAUCCUGCCACACUUGAACACCUCAAGGAGUUGAGCUCUAGGCGCAGAGUAAUUGAGGAGUCCAUUAAUCAGAGUAGCUUCAUUACUGAGGCUAUUGCAAGAGAAAUGUCUGGAGGCUUAACUUCUCAUUGUCUAAGGGACCUUCAGAAGCUGGAGCAAUACCUGCCAUUGUUGGAGAACUUGAUUUUUCAUGUUGAUUUGGUAUGCAGCAACCAGCGUGUUGUUCGUUGGAUUUCGGAACUUAAGAUCCGUUGGAGUAGUGCUCUUAGCUCAUCUUCUCUCUUUAACCUCAGGGGUCCAAAGUUUUUUCAAAUUGAUAAUUUGCGUUAUGAGCUUGGUAUGACCCUUUACCUUUAUGCUGCAUUGCUUCGGGAGAGGGCUAUAGAAAUUCUUCCAGCAGACUUGGUGCAAUCUGCCACACUUUUCAGGGAAGCUUCUGGUGUUUUUCAACACCUUGCUAAUGAGGUAUUUCCCUCUUUACAAUCUUCACAGUCUGUUGAAAGGCCACUGGAAGCAACUCCAUCCAUGUGCACAGUUAUGAGCAUAAUUUGCUUGGCUGAAGCCCAGGCUGUAACAAUAAGGAAGGCUGAAGAAAAAGGAUCCACUGUUGGUCUUCUGGCAAAACUGCACUAUGGUAUUACAGAGUUGCUUGGUGAAGCCACUGCUAUUGUAUAUUCAAAUACUAUAGAGUACAAAGAUAUUUCAUCGAGUUUCUUGGAGUUUAUAUCAUCUUGCAAAGCUCUACAUGAGUUGAGAAGUCGGAAAUACCUUGCAGAAAGUGUAAAGAUAGGUGAGCAAGUUGGGGUUGCAAUUGGAGUUCUUCGUGAUGCACUAAUCAACGGAAAAAGGGAACUUCCAGGAGAAGAAUCCUGGAGAUCCAUCUUUGGGAAAGAAAUUGGUGCUGCUUCUGAUAUGCUAAGGAAAUUUGAAAACGAGAAUGAAUUUGUUUGGCAUGAGAAGAUCCCCUGUGGAGAUGAGUUGCCACGGCUACAAGGUAACAAGAUUGCCAACGCUUUACCUUACCACCCCAAAAGAUGGGAGAGGGAACUUAAUUUCAAGAUAUAGAUGUACAUAACAUUUGUGUAGUAAAGCUUAUCAUUAUUAUAUUUUUGGGGAGGAAUGCUCGCAAGCUUCUUCAGCGUCCUCGCUUCUGGAUAUACCAACAAGCUUUUUUUACCUAAAGAAAGUUAAAAAAGUCGAUGUAAACAAGAGAUUAAUGGUGUGUUAAAUGAUGAAGCUUAGUGUUUAAGUUGUAUAGUA